UGACAAACAAACACACACACGACUCGUCUUCACCAGCAGAAACAUGUGUAAAAUGUGUGUGUGUGUGUGUGUGUGUCUCUACAGUCACGAAGCUGCAGUGUGCUGAGCAUUGCAACAGGAGGUGUCGCGGUCCGAAGCCCAGCGACUGCUGUAACGAACACUGUGCUGCCGGCUGCACCGGACCUCGAGCCACCGACUGCCUGGCCUGCAGGGACUUUAAUGAUGAUGGGACCUGUAAAGACACUUGUCCUCCUCUCACGCUCUACAACCCCAAAACCCACCAGGUGGUCAACAACCCAAACGCCAAGUUCACCUUCGGAGCGCUGUGCCUGAAGGCCUGCCCACAUAACUACGUGGUGACGGGCGGAUCGUGUGUUCGUACCUGCAGCGCCGGCAUGUACGAGGUGGAGGAGAACGGAGUCCAACGCUGCAAAGCAUGCGACGGUCCCUGUCCUAAAGCCUGUGACGGAGUCGGCGUCGGCGCCCUGAUCAAAACCAUGGCCGUCAACGCCUCCAACAUCGAAUCCUUCAGGAACUGCACCAAGAUCAACGGGGGCGUCUCGCUCAUCAAAACCUCCUUCACCGG